UCUGGGAACAAUAUAUAAAUAUAAAUGGACGCCCCUUUCUGUUUAACGGAUGGUUAUUGACAGGCGAAUGUGUUCCUAGAAGAUGGAAACCAGUCGAAUUAGUUCAAGUUACAUUUGCUUCAAAUAGGAAUAGUGCACUAAUGACAGCUGCGCGCUCACGCGAUGAGCGUCUCGACAGCGUGCGCGCUCUCGCUUACUGUAGCAGGUUUCUAUGGUUACAGAGUCGCUGUUACUCCACGUAGUUUUCUGUCGAUUUAAUUUCGGUAAAAAAGAGCUUAAUACAGUUCACAAUGGAUUUCAGCAAACUCGAAGAAAUGAAUAUGACACGUGAUGAAAUAAAUCGUUUCGGCGAAGCUCUAAAAGACGAGAAGUUCCGCGAGUUAUUGAACGAAUACGCGACCGAGAUCUCAGACCCCGAGAACAAGAGAAGAUACGAGGAGGAUAUCACACAGCUGGAGAAGGACAGAGGCACGAACGUGCAGUUCAUUCACCCUGAAGCUCAUCACGUGUUGAAGACCCGCAGCGCGCGCGAGAAGCGCUUCAUCAAUAUCUGCUCCAAUCAGCUGAUCGAUAAACCCUCGUGUGAAGCGGGCCGAGACCGAAACGGGAAGACAGGCUUCCACUGGCGCUUACCGUUCAGUCUGACACCGGGCAGACCGGACCGAGACGCCUCCGGGAACAGCUGCGUGAUUCAUGACGUCAUCUUCCACCCAGACGCGCUGCACGCGGCGGAAAACAACAAGAGACUGAUGGAGCUGCUCCACAGAACCGCCAUCGGAGGCGUCGAGGACUCCUUCCACAUCAAGCUGGACAGAAGAAAUAUAAAGCAGCUGAAAAUGAAGUUUAAAGGUGUUCCUCAGGCGGCUGUGAUCCGCAGGCCGAUUCCUGGACACGAGCGGCAGCAGAGCACAGGAGACCUGGAGCAGACCCACACAGAACCAGAACCAGAACCCAAAGCCUCCUGUGCCGCUCCUCCAGAUCAUGAGCCCACUGAACCACAUUACACCGUAAAGUAUCGGUCCGUCGUCGAUCUGCAGGACUACAGGUGCUCCAGAGACUCGGGGCCCGGGGCCCGACCCACAGACAUCAUCAUCACUGUGUCUUUACCGCUGCUGAGAUCCUCGCAGGACGCUGAGCUGCAAGUCCUGGAGCGACGGCUCAUCCUGGAGUCUCACAAACCAGCGUAUAAACUAGAUCUUCCGCUCUCCUACCCUGUGGAGGAAGACAAAGGAGACGCCAAGUUCAACAAAACCAAGAAACAGCUGACCAUCACUCUUCCUGUUCAGCCAGCGAGGAGCACAGAAUUACAGCACACCAGAUGUGAUGAGAUGAAGAGUGAGGAGGAGGAGGAAGAUCAGACCAGAUGUGAUGAGAUGAAGAGUGAGGAGGAAGAUCAGAUCAGAUGUGAUGAGAUGAAGAGUGAGGAGGAAGAUCAGAUCAGAUGUGAUGAGAUGAAGAGUGAGGAGGAAGAUCAGAUCAGAUGUGAUGAGAUGAAGAGGAGCGAAGAGGAGGAAGAUCAGAUCAGAUGUGAUGAGAUGAAGAGGAGCGAAGAGGAGGAUCAGACCAGAUGUGAUGAGAUGAAGAGGAGCGAAGAGGAGGAAGAUCAGAUCAGAUGUGAUGAGAUGAAGAGUGAGGAGGAGGAAGAUCAGAUCAGAUGUGAUGAAAUGAAGAGGAGCGAGGAGGAUCAGAUCCCUCGCACAUCUAAUGAGGAGGUUCUGGAGACAGAAUUAAACUGCAGUAUUCUCACUCCUUCAGCAUGUGAUACAGCCGGACUACAGCAAGAGCCUUUAGCAUCUCAGUUAAUCAAUUUAAGGACAGAACCACAGACACCUGAUCAUUUACAGCUCAUCUGCUCUGUGGAAACGGACAAUGAAGAUGGAACCCACAUCAAUCAAUCAAACAUCAAUCGAGCGGUCGACUCACCAAAUACAGUAUGUGACUUUUAUAUAAAACAUUCAUGCAUGUGCAUUUAAUAUCAAGCCAUCAAAUUCAUUAAUCAUCAGUUUGAAUCUGUUUUUAUCUAGUAAUGCAGUGGAUGUGAUAUAGUAUAGAUAUUACUGAUACUAAUGUGUAAUUGUUACUCUCUUUCCGCGGAAGUUUUCCAGUGAGUCUGAGAUCCAAACCCAUGUGACAGCAAACGCUGGAGAUGAAGACGUCCAUGAAGUGAGCGGCGCCCUGGACACAGAAAACACCACGAGUGAUGCUAAUGCAUUAUUUCUUCACCAGCCGCUGGACACAGAUAAUACUGCACUAAACCAGCAACUGAAUCACGAGGAGGAUCGGAGCUCUUCUCAGGACGAGCCAGAGACGAGACGUUCCUCAGAAGACCACGAGAGCACAGCGGAGCGAAUCGUGGAGGAACCAGCGUCUGCUGAUGGAGUCAUCUUGAGAGAGAUCGAGCGCGACGGCAGAGACAUCUUCAUCUGCAGUCACAAGACCUCGGCCGCUCUGUGCUUCCAGAACUCUCUGUGGUCUGAUUUGGACUAAAUGCACACUUUUCUCUGAGCUUACUGAUAGCGUGGUAUCACAUCAUUGGGGUUCUAUAGUCAUGAUAAUUCACUUAGUUUUAGUUCACUCAAGUUGAAUGUUUAAAUGUAGAGAAAAAUAAAAAUCUUUGUUUAGCAAUCUACUUAUAAAAAGAGAUUGACCUUUUGGGGGGGGGGGGAUUAAAUAAAGGAAACUGAGAAAAUACAGAA